AUGUCAAAGUAUUCGACAUCAGCACCAACAGGUUCUGCCUCAAUACUUACAUCAGAUAGCGAAUUUGACGUUUAUACAGAAAAUGUAGAACUCCCUUCAUCAUCGAUGGGUGAAAAGGCAAAUGCAGUAAUUUCAGAAACUACUACGAUAAACUCACCCCAAACUUCUCCGCAACCCGAAUCCCCUACACAGUCACUUAAUGUUUCUACACCACAAUACAUUUCUACAAGAAAUUCAAAGCAAAAUUUUUUUUCUCUAUUUAAAAAGAAAGAAUUUGUGUCUUCAAGUCGACCUUUGUCCGCACCACCCCAACAACGAGUGGUUCCUACAACGGUUUCAACGUAUAAUAACAAAAACACAACAGAAGAAAUAAUAACGGAAAGUAACAACCAUUUUGCUACUGACCACAAUGUAUCACAGUCUGUUAUUGGUAGUGUCAGUGUACCUAACCUUAUUGCAUCAAAUACUGGUACGUCAUUAGAAGCAGAGUAUGAUGCAUUAAUGAAACAGCAGCAAGCGAGUGGGUUAGUUGUCAAUUGUCCCGAUGGUCCAUACGGUUUGGGAAGUGGUAUUGCUGGUGGAAAACCUUUAAACAAUCAAUCCAAAAAAUCUGGGAAAAGAAAAGAUAGUUUAGUUUCUAUUGACAAAAACGACGAUAAAGGAUUCAAAAACACGAUGAAGAAUACUAUGCGUAAGACUUCGACUUUUUUCAAAAAACUAAGCACUAAGCAAACUGGCGAUAAUCCAUUACAACAAAGUGGUCGACUACCUCUUCCCGACUUUCAAAAUUCAAAGAGUCCAUCCUCAGAUGUAUUCCAAAAUCCAAUGACACCCGCAACAAAUUCUGCUGAACUUCCAAACCCAGAACUUUAUCUCGACGCAAACGAUGAUACAACCUUGUCAGAAAAUGAUUAUGAUAAUUAUCCUGAUGACGAACAAGAGUUUAUACAACGUACUCUCAAAGAUUUCGCUUCAGUCUAUGUUAAUCUGCAAGCUAAUGGUGAGAAUCGCCAACGGUCUGGGUUAUACCGCACGACUCUACAAGGUGCAAAUAAAAGUGUUCCCGAUAAUAUUGGGAGAACCUAUGAAUGGAAUGGACAAACCGAAAAUAAUACAAAUGAAAAUGUACAGGUAAUAUGUAAGGAUUCGAAACAAGAAUUUGCAGAUACAAGAGUUAUGAUGAGUGCAAAUAAGACAGAAAUACCUGAAGAAAUAUCAGCUGGUUUAGAACAAGUUGAAUAUGAUGAUUCUGAAAAUAUUUAUACAACUCAAAAUUCAGGAUUUAAACGUACUACAAAGGUGGAUCCAAACAUAUUAAAGUCAAACGAAGAAUUAGCGCAUCCAUCAUGUAGUAGUAGCAAAGUUUCAUUGCAAAGUUCUUUUGAUCAACGAUCAUUAAAGAUUAAAACGGAUCAAAGAGGAUUAGCAAUGAAAUCAAAGAUGCCGGAUAGCGCUGAAUCAAAUAUAGAUUCAGGUCUCAGUCCAAAUACGAUACCCAAAAGACCGGAUAAAAAAUUACCUGACGUUCCGAAAAUAAUCCCAAUAUCUGAGCCUGAUGUAUCUUGUUCACCGCGUAUGCGACAAACUUCCAGCAUUGCAAGUUAUGAAACUGCUAGUGGCUCAACUACGACUCUUCAUACCGCACCGCAUUCUCCAAUAACUGACGUAUUUAUAGAAACUAACAAUGUAACUGACGGAACACCUAAAAUACAUGUAGAUGAUGAUCUUGUACUUACUGAAAGUUCUAUAGACAAAGAUUUUGAUGACAAUUUUCCACCAGAUGUUCCUGAAAAGAAUGAGGAUGAAAUCUUAUGGGCAGAAGCAAGAAUCGCUGCUAAAAGAUGUUUCGAUGAAGACGAAACAUUCAUAAAGAAGGAAGCGAUCACAGAAUUUUUAGGUGGACAUAAGUUAAUAAAUUCCAGGACAUUAAAAUUUUAUAUGGAUUAUUUCGAUUUUUCAAAUUUAAGAUUAGACGUAGCUUUUCGAGGAUUAUGCGGAAAGUUGUAUAUAAAAGGUGAAACGCAACAAGUAGAUCGUAUACUUGAAUCGUUUUCGAUACGGUAUUGGGAAUGCAAUCCAAAGACUAUUUAUGGUAGUGCUGUGACAAGUAAAAUGUCACGUUCACAAUUCGUAAAGAAUACAAUCGCAGCUAUACAUCAUGCUCAAGCUUGUACGGCUGCACAAAACUCUUACGAAGACGAUCGAAGUACGAUAACUUCUGAGACAACUGUAACAUCAUCUACAGCACGUCCACGACGGAGCGGAAGCAUAAAAAGUUGGCGUAGUAAUCCCAAUUCCAAUUUAACCAAUUCGUCAUUUAUCUCAGGACGUCAAUGGGAUUCAGAAGUUGAAGUUCUUUUGAAAGAAAUGUAUUCGACAAUAAAAUCGAAUCAGAUUUUACAGCCGGUUAUGUCUUCAAUGGACAAAGCUCAUUCUUCCGUUGAGCAAUCAAAUUCACUUACGCCAGGACUUCAUCGAAGCAUGAGUCACUUGGGUCAUCCAAAUUCAAGAAUAAAUGCGCUUAAGAAAGGUCGGUCUGCAGGAAACGUAAAGGGUCGUAAAAAUGUUAACGGAAGAAUUUCUCCAAGUCCAAGUGUUGUUAGUGGAGGUAGUGAUUCAAGUAUAGGGCUUGAUAGCUUAAAUCGAUCAGGCAGCUCGCAAACUCUUUCAACAACAUUAUCAUCAUUUUCGUUACGCCAUGCUUCAUCAUCUGAAACAGGGUUUAAUUCCACAAUACCUGAAAUGGUUGAUGAACAUGAUCUAGAAGAUUAUGACCGAAAUUCUAUUGCAGAUUCAGUUUCAACUACCGAAUCUUUGGAAUUAUAUUUAUCUGGUGCACCUUAUGCUAAAGAAGGAUUGUUGGUUAGAAAACAUUAUUGGGAAGCAACCACCAAGAGAGCAAAGGAUAAGGGUUGGAAAGAGUGUUUCGUUGUUAUUGAGAAGGGGGAUAUUAAGAUGUAUAAAUUUGAAACUAGCUCUUCUCAUAGUUCUAUUGGAAUGGGUGCUAUUGGGGGCGGUAAUUGGAUGGCGAAUGCUACUUUUUUGGGCGAAGUUAAUCUUCGUCAUACCAUUACAAAUGCAUUACCACCACCUGGUUACAACCGUUCUCGUCCACAUGUAUUUGCGCUUUCUAUGUCGAAUGGGGGACUUUACUUUUUCCAAGCAGGAACAGCUGAACUUGUGGAUGAAUGGGUUGCGACAUGUAAUUAUUGGGCAUCACGUAUGAGUAAAGAACCUUUAACAGGUGGAGUGAGCAGCAUGGAAUAUGGAUGGGGUAGAUGUUUAGAAUCUAUCCUUGAUGGUGGAGAGGAUUGGGAUGGCAGAAGUAUUAUGAGUGAUGGUCGUAGUGUAAUGAGUAAUAAUUCCACUUAUACGAGUGAUCGAAUUUUUGUUAGCGAGUGGAAGAUACCAUUACCACCAACAGUUUCCAGUAAUUUUGAUGAAGACACACAGUUGACAGCCCUAAAAAAAUAUAGAGUUGAUCUUGAGAAUGAAUUGGAAGAACACAAAAAUUUUUGGGAACCGAUGACAAAAUUGAAAUCUCAAUGGUUAUUAUAUGAAAUUGUUAAAUAUACAACAUAUAUUGAAUGUAUAAAUAAUUCAAUUAAUAUUCGUGCAGAGAGAAGGAAAGAAAAGGAAAAAUUAAAAAGUAAUGUGGAUGAAACUAGUCAUGAUAAUAGUGAGACUAUUAAUUCAGCAAUAAAUGCAAAUGAAGAAAAAAAAGAGGAGGAAAAAAAAGCAGAAUCGAGAGCAAGGGCAAGGCAAUCAAUUAAAUUGCUUCAUAGGGCUACAUGGACGCCAGGAGAUGGAUUCAGUUUAAAUUUACCAAAAGAAUUAUUAUUUGGUGAAGCAUUAAGUGAUUUAGAUGAUGAAGAAGAUAACAAUUUUAAUGAUGAAAAUUUUGUAUCAGAAAAUACUUUAAAAAAAUUAAAUGGUAAAAUGAAAUCUUCUACAUAUCCUCCAUUACAUGAUAACAAAAAAGUUAUUAUUGAAGAAGAAACAAGGAUCGGAAAUUUUAAUAAUAAGAUAGAUUAUAAAGUAGGACAAAAAUGGGUUGAUAAAUUUACUUAA